ACCCUCCACAAAUGGCCCUGAGGAACCACAGCACUAUCACGGAGUUUAUUCUCAUUGGGUUGUCUGCUGACCCCCGCAUCGAGGCUCUGCUCUUUGUGCUCUUCCUGGGGAUUUACCUCCUGACCAUGAUGGGGAACUUGAUGAUGCUGCUGGUGAUCAGAGCUGAUUCCCGCCUCCACACGCCCAUGUACUUCUUCUUGAGUAACCUGUCAUUCCUGGAUCUCUGCUUCUCUUCAGUCACUGUUCCCAAGCUGCUGAAGGACCUUCUAUCUGCAAAGAAAACCAUCUCGGUAGAGGGCUGCCUAACUCAGGUCUUCUUUGUGUUUAUCACUGCAGGGACAGAAGCCUUUCUUCUCUCAAUGAUGGCCUAUGACCGCUAUGCUGCCAUCUGCCACCCACUGCUCUAUGGCCAGAUGAUGAGUAAUGAGCUUUGUGUGAAGAUGGUGCUGGCCUCAUGGGCCCUGGCCUCUCUCAGUUCAGUGGUCAUUGUGCUCUUGGCUGUUAAUCUGGACUUCUGUGAGGCCCAAACCAUACACCAUUACACCUGUGAACUGCCCUCUCUCUUCCCUCUGUCUUGCUCUGAUACCUCCAUUAAUAUCGACAUCUUGAUCUGCUCCACUUUACUGCAUGGACUUGGAACAUUCCUCCCAAUCUUCUUCUCUUACACCCGUAUUGUCUCCACUAUCCUGAGCAUGAGCUCCACCACAGGCCGCAGCAAGGCUUUUAACACGUGCUCCUCCCACCUCAUCGCGGUGAUCCUGUUCUUUGGGUCAGGUUUGGUCCGCUAUCUUAUGCCCACCUCUGGUUCCUCCCUAGAUUUGCUUGCCUCCUUGCAGUACAGCGCAGUCACACCCAUGCUGAAUCCCCUCAUCUACAGCCUAAAGAACCAGGAGGUGAAAGCAGCUGUGAAAAGGACAUUUGAGAAAUGUCUGCAUUAUUUUAGGUAA